AUGUCGGUCGGUUUCACAGGUCGGUUUGAACACAACACAGGAACACAGAGUACAUUUUUAUAUACUAAGGUUUGAAGCUAAGGUUUGAUUGUGAAAAAUUUGGUUCAGCCAUAGCUACAACGUUGUGAAAACCGAUAACAAUAACGCCCAUUCCUAUUUGAAAUGGUCCUUGUUAUCGUCAUUACUAUGGAUGGAAUUUUCGCUAGAUUAUUGUAAUUUCAAUUAUCCGAUUGCCAGAAGAAGUAUAUAUCAGAAAGAUGAAAAAAUCGGGCUUGUGUAGAUGUUGUUUGGUUGAUUCUUGUUAUAAGAGUUUGUCCAAUGAAUACUUUUACGCUGGACACAAAGAAGUUUAUUCUGAAAUGCUUUUGGAAACAUUUAACAUUACGAUAUGUGAUAACUCCUACAACAGGCUUAUAUGUGAAGAUUGUAUUGUGAAAUUACGAGCAGCAGUUGCUUUCAAGAAACAAGUUUUUGAUGCCGAGGAGUCAUUAAAAUUAAUUCAGUUAAAAAAUAGUGAUGCUAAAGAAAUUGUAGAGCCAAAAGAAGAAAUUGAUGCCAGUUUUGAUGAUCACUCAUUUUCUCCUAUUCAUGAUGAUUUGGGACCUGAGAAUCAAUUGGAAAUUGAUGAUUUUGAAGACUUUGAUGAUAAUGUCAAUUGGAGUAGUCAAAAGACUAAAACUGAAGAAGGUGAAAUUUUUGUGAUAAAAUUAGAACCAAAAAUAUUAAAGGAAGGAAAGGAAAAGAAACUAACUAUCAAAAAACAAAACAGUAAAAGAUCAGUACAACAAAAAAAUGCUAAAAGUGAGUGAAUCAACAAAAAAGGAUGAAAAGAAGGAAAAUUAUAUUCAAUCACAGAAAGAUUCAAUAAGAAAUUCGCUUAAAUUGAUUCUAAAUUCAAAUAUGUGUGUGUUUGAAUCUCUCAAGACAAAGUUUAAAUGUUUUUCUUGCAAUGAGGCCUUCAUAAAUAUAAUGGAUCUAAGACAACAUUCAGAAACACACUCUUAUUGUAAACUUUUAAAAAGGUUGAAUUCUCUUCGCGGAGCUUCAUUUCGGAAUGUAGAUAUUUCAAAUUUGAAAUGUAAAUUAUGUUCAUCUAUGUGUACAGAUUUGAAUGACUUACAAAAUCAUUUAAUAAGUCAUGACAUAAAGUUUAACAAUUAUGGUCACUUUUUAAUUCCAUACAAACUGGAAAAAGAUCGAAAGUGUACUAUAUGUGUCCAAGAAUUCAAUACUUUUACACGGCUGUCUAUUCAUAUGAACAGUCACUACACUAAUAAUGUAUGUGAAAUAUGUGGUGCGUCAUUCAUAAGUACACAAAGUUUAAGGACACAUUUAAAUGCAGUGCAUAAGGAAAAGAAGUGCACUAUUUGUUCUGAUACAUUUUCUACUGUUCAUGCAAGAGCACAACAUAUGAUGAAAGUUCAUAAAACUGCUCGAUCAAAAAGAUAUUGUGUAUUGUGUAAUAAGUCAUUUCCAUAUAGUUAUAUGUUGUUUGAACAUAAAGUUAAAGAACAUGGAGCAAAAAGGCAAACAGCUGAGUGUACAGAGUGUGGAAAAACUUUUUUAUCACUUUAUAAUUUGAGAGUACAUAUUCGUAGUGUCCACAUUAGAGAGCGAAAUUAUCCAUGUAGUGUUUGUGAAACGCGUUUCUUCACAAAGACCGAUCAAAAACGUCAUGAAAGGACUCAUUUAGAUGUAAGGUCAUUUUCAUGUAGUUACUGUGAGAGCAGAUUUAAGUCUAAAGAUUCUUUACGUCGUCAUCUUAGGCGACAACACGGAUAUAUGUUUAAUAGCAAUAAAUAAAACUUCUUUGUAACUGAA